UCUGAAUGCACCUUUUUUGAUAUAUAAAAAUGUGGCAAGAUGUUGUAGGUUAUUAGGGUUAAUAACAGUUCAAUGUUGAUAAAAAACAAACAGCUGUAUCUUUGUGAUUUAUUAAAUUUCACUUUGGAUUUCAACGUGAAGGAUAUAGUCGAUUAGGAUGUCUAUUAGCAACGCUAGAGACGUAAUUAUGAUAGAUGACGAGUGUCAAGCUACGGAGAACAACGAGAUAGCUGCCAUUGAUUAUGAGCUACAACAGAUAGAGAAUGACCUACAGAAAUUGCAGGAUCGUAGGAGAUUAUUGACACAACGGAAAGAGAAAUUGCGCGACGAUGCUCUUUUAAAGAAAAGUUUUUCUCUGUCCAAGAAGAAUUGGAACAAUGCGGAUUUCAUUUGGUCUGUAAAACUCACAGAGACGUUAAAGAACGUAUUCAAGAUAGAAAAGCUACGAGAGUUACAGUUACCGACUAUGAAUGCGAUCAUGUCCAAGGAAGAUGUGAUAUUGAUCAUGCCUACGGGUGGUGGCAAAAGUUUAUGUUAUCAAUUACCGGCUGUGAUGAGUAAAGGUAUAACGGUGGUAAUUUCACCAUUAGUAUCCUUGAUGGAAGAUCAGUUGCACGGAUUGCGUAAACUCGAUAUAAAGGCUACUAUGCUGUGUGCGAAGGCUGAUAAGGAGAGCAUCAAAAUGACUAUGACGGCCCUCGUGGAUAAAAGUUGUCCUCUCAAACUGAUUUAUAUAACACCUGAAUACAUGGCAAAGUCCAAUCGCUUCAUGAAUAAACUGCAAAAAGCGUACGAGUUGGGUCAUCUAGAACGGUUUGCGAUCGACGAGGUGCAUUGCUGUAGUCAAUGGGGACACGAUUUCAGACCAGAUUACAAGUUCUUGGGAGUAUUGAAAUCUAUGUUCCCUGGAGUACCGAUUCUAGGUCUCACUGCAACGGCCCCGACUAAAAUCAUCGUAGACGUGCAGAAAAUGCUAGACAUUAGUGGUUGCCUAAUUUUACGAGCUUCAUUCAAUAGACCCAAUUUAUAUUAUGAAGUUCGUCGCAAACCGGCCGAUAAGGAGACAUGUCUCGCGAUGAUAGAAAAUCUGCUGAAGAAUCGAUUUAACGGCAAGUCGGGUAUAAUUUACACGACUACGAUUAAAGACGCGGAACAAUUGACAACUGAUUUGAGAGGCAGAGGUAUCAAGGCUGGAUGCUAUCACGCAAUGCUCGAAGCCAAUUACCGAUCAGAAGUUUACUCCAAGUGGAUGUCAGGCAAGUAUCAAGUGGUGGUGGCAACUAUCGCUUUUGGAUUGGGUAUUGACAAGCCGGACGUGCGAUUCGUGAUUCAUCAUUGCGUUUCCAAAUCGAUGGAAAAUUUUUAUCAGGAGAGUGGUCGAGCGGGUAGAGAUGGCAAAAAGUCGGUGUGUCUUGUGCUCUAUAGAUUAGCGGAUAUAUUUAAAUUAAGUACCAUGGUGUUUCAAGAUAAAGUCGGAUUGCAAAAUUUGUAUAAAGUAUUGGCUUACUGCUUAGAUGAAACUUCCUGUAGACGGAGUUUAAUAGCGACUCACUUUGAAGAAAAUUGGAAAGAAAACGACUGCGCAGAGAUGUGUGAUCAUUGUAGGAAAUCUGUAAGCGUUAGAAAGCAGAUCGACGUAGCAUAUUAUUGUAGACAAUUGUAUCAGAUUAUGACUAAAGCUGUGCAAAGUGAAACACGAUUGACCGCACUGAAACUGGUAGAUGCUUGGUAUGGUAAAGGUGCCUCGUCAUUGCGAGUUUCUAACGUACCUGUGCCAAAUUUUACGAGAGAAACCGCAGAGGCUAUCGUAGGGUAUUUGCUGAUAAACGGUUAUCUACAAGAGGACUUUCACUUUUCAGCAUAUUCUACAAUAUCGUAUCUUAAACGUGGACCAAAGUCAGGACUGGUGUCAGGUGACAACGAUCACAAGAUACUCUUUAACUAUGAGUUUCACUAAACUAUUGUUGCAAUCGAUAGUACAGCGAUUCAUAACAAAUGUUUAAUUUCGAUAUAAUGUAUAUUGUUAAAGGAUUCUCUCUCUCUCUCUCUUUCUCUCUCACAAAAUUAAACAUCAUGCACUUACAUUAUUUGAAAAUCUACUAUGAUUACAAAUACGUUAAAACGACUAAAGCUCGCACUUAAUUGCAACAUUCUGAAUUAAGUGUGAAAUGAUUGAGAUCCGUUGUUGCAAUUUCACAACAUAAUCGAUGUGACUUUAGCGUCGAGUAAGAAAAAGAGAGAAAGAAAUUGUGCGUACGGGAGAGAAAUUGGACGAUCGAUUGAAAGUGAAAGCGAAGCGCGCGAAAACGGCGAAUAAUCGAUAAAAACGGUCUACGGCCAGGCACAGCCCAUGGCAAAUGUAGCGAAAUGUCAGUGAGUCGGAUAGUAGGAUAGGCUUGGUAGGUUCCGUGAUGAAAUGGAAAUAUUGAUCUAGGAUAGAAGCAGGUAGAAAAGAGGGAUAGUAUAUCCACAUGUUCCUAGUGGUAAAAAAAAAAUAUAAAUGCGUCGUUGAGCUACGCUCUUCGUUCCUGUCGUCGCACGUUCAUUUUUGGAGAAUGAAAUACUUUUGCAGAUACACUCUUACGAUAGAUAGCGCAGCGUCUUUAGAACGUAGACUCUGGCGAAUUGAAGCGGAUUUUAUGACAAACUCGACAAAUUCGCAGUUGCGCGUGCUUGCGCGUUGUAGCGGCAACGACGACGGCGCGGCGCGGCGCGGCGGUCGCGUAUGAAACCACCAGUACUACAAGUAGUAAGAAAUUAAGAAUGCCAGCCUGAACCUUUCAGCGAUUUAGAAAUCGCUGACUGCUCAACUGCCGUGCAGAUGAUCUCGUCGAUUUUAUUUUUUCCAUCCCAAUUAAGAGUACAUUCCGAGUACAGCGUUUCAAGAGUGACUCGUAACGCAGUCGAGAUUUCUUGAGUUUUUUCCAGAAUACUUAUCCAUCUUUCACUCUGCGAGGAAGAGCGAAGAAUGACAGAGUUGUUGUCUCGGGAUUCGUUAUCGUGGAAACGGUGCGAUUCGGAAGGCGGCGACAACGCGGGAUGUUACGAUUACGACGCGGAUACGUAUUAUUGCGUAUUGUAUGCUCCGAGUGUGCUCCGUAUGUAAUGGUAUGUAACGAGGCUAACAAUAAGUGAUAAUGAUAACGCGCUCGCGUGCGUAAGCGCGCAUAUAUUCACGUACGCUGCGCAGAAAGACAAGUCGUCGUGGACGAUCAUCUACCUCUAGGCGAAUCCAAUCCAUCCGGUGCUUUUAAUUACUAUUACAUAAUCGUGAUUAUGUUCACCCUCCGUCCCAAGUCCUCUUCCGACUGGCUCCGUUUGCAACAACAAUGUCGCUCGUCAUUUCAGAAUUUUGUUCAACUCUUAUUUCUUAAGGCAAAAGAGUCGUCGUCGUCGUCGUCGUCGUCGUCGCCGCCGUCGCCGCCGUUCAUCUCACAA